AAAAAUUUAAUCAAAAUGACAAACGACACACGUCGUUGUCAAUUGUCACGAAUUCCGCAUCGAUUUUUGAAAUAAAAACACCAAAAUAAAAAUCAUUGCUCGAAUCGACGUGAAACUAUUACCAUCUCUUAAAAGUGCAUAUGAAAAUUUUGCUUUCUUUUAAGAUUUUUUGAGACUAAUGAAUAGAAAUAGCAUAUAAGUCUAGUUUGACGGUGGCGUUGACGUAUUCGGCGGGAAAUUUGCUUUGCAGACACUCAGUUAUCCACCAGACUGCGGAAAUCAGUGAUCAACGUUAUGAAAAUCAAAUUGCCGCGUGAUCGUUUCCCCUCCACAUCCUCAACCGAUGAAAACGAGAGUGGCACUGACUGGGACACGGAGACGGCCCGGCAGGCACUGCCGCAGCCGCUGCCGCACCCGUACCCGCAUCCGCACAUGCCGCAUCCGCACCAACCGCAUCCGAUGAUGCAUCCGCACAUUCGCCACCCGCCGCCACCGCAGGCGGUGAUCGUAGGCUCUGUGCGGAAACGGCGCGGGAAUCUGCCGAAGCAUUCGGUCAAGAUAUUGAAGCGGUGGCUGUAUGAUCAUCGGUAUAAUGCGUACCCUAGCGAUGCGGAGAAGCUCGCGCUGAGCCAGGAGGCGAAUUUGACUGUUUUGCAGGUGUGCAAUUGGUUCAUAAACGCUCGGCGGCGCAUCCUGCCCGAGAUGAUCCGGCGCGAGGGGCACGACCCUCUGCACUAUACGAUAUCGCGCCGGGGCCGCAAACAGCUCGGCGCCGUGACGGGCGUGGGGCCCAUGGUGCGGCUUUCUGCCGCCUCUACUUCGGGCAUGGGCAUGGGAGCCGGGAAUGUUACUGUCACAUCGUGGGACGGGAUUGUUGUUGAGAACGGCGUGGAGGUCCGCCACGACUACGGCGACGGGCUGCUGGUGUACCGCAGCGACGGAGACGAGCUCGGCGACGGUGAAGAGGGGUACUCCAGCGCCGUCAGCGAGGAGGAGGUCAAGUACGACCCCUCUGUGUGGCAGUCCGUCAUCAGAUACGGCCCGGAGGACCACGACCUGCACCCGGCUACCAGGGACACGGCGUCAGUAGUAACGGUGAACACGACGGAGGAGGCGGAGCAGUCUGUGGUGUCGUCGGAUGGGAGCACGUGGCACUCGCUGCAGCCGGUGCCGGCGACGCAGGUGCCGCGCCCGCGCCGCAUGCAGGUGAGCCCGCCGCCGCUGGCGCCGCCGCCGCCGCCGCCCGUCGCCGUCGAGCUCGAGGUCGCCACAACCGAUAUGUGGUGUCGUACCAACUCUUAG